AUGUUCCUUGACGACUCCGCAUGUAAUCUCGCUUCUAUCAAUCUACUCAAAUUCGUUGAUGAAGAUGGAAACUUUGAUGUCGAAGGGUUCAAACAUGCUUGCCGAAUCUUCUUCAUCAGUCAGGAAAUCCUUGUGGAUUUCUCCUCCUAUCCGACCCGCAAAAUCGUUCAAAAUAGCCACGACUAUCGACCGCUCGGAUUGGGAUAUGCCAAUCUGGGAACCCUGUUGAUGGUCAACAGUAUCCCCUAUGAUAGCGAAGAAGGAUAUGCCGUCGCCGGUGCACUCACCGCAAUCCUCUGUGGUGAGGCUUAUAGAACAUCCGCUGAAAUGGCUGCGGUCAAAGGUCCCUUCUCCAGCUUCGAUAAGAACCGCGAACCGAUGCUGCAUGUGAUGAGUAAACAUCGUGACGCAGCCUAUCGCAUUAGCCCGGAUGUCUGCCCGCCUCACCUGUUGAAGGCCGCACAGCAAACGUGGGAUGACGCGGUUGAGAUGGGGAGGCAGUAUGGCUAUCGGAAUGCACAAGCGACUGUGCUAGCGCCUACCGGCACCAUAGGGCUGCUGAUGGAAUGCGAUACGACCGGCGUUGAACCUGAAUUCGCGCUCGUGAAAUUCAAGAAGUUGGCAGGGGGCGGUUACUUUAAGAUUAUCAACCAAUCGGUGCCACGGGCAUUGAAAAAGCUUGGUUAUACAGACGAAGAGAUUGACGACAUUGUGACUUAUGUGCAAGGUACUUCUUCGCUAAUCGGUUCAUCGCAUAUCAAUAAUGUGUCUCUUAAACAGAAGAGUUUGACUGACGAGGAAAUCGGGCAGAUUGAAGCGACGUUACCCUCCGUCUUUGAGUUGGCGCAUGGGUUUAACGCCUACACCGUUGGAGAGGAAGGGAUGGCGCGUCUCGGAUUUGGUCCGGAGCAAUAUAACGCGCCAGAUUUUGAUUUCUCUUAA